CCAACACGCUGCCUAUAAAUGCGGCGAUUUUUCAGCUGAAAUAUUAUUUCACCAUGAAGAUCGUGCCCGCGUUGCUCCUCCUGGUAGUCUACUCCCAAGCCGCCAAGUUUCCCCCCAAUUUCAAAAAAUGCAACCGUAAAGAACCCGACCUGGACAAGUGCAUGAAGGAGGCGGCUCAGAUUGGACUCGCUCAAGGGUUCAAACACUACCCCCAAAUCGGACUGGCGAGUUUUGAACCCCUGGAGGUGUCAGAACUGAAAAUAGGAGCUGGGAGCCAGUCGGUGGUGAACGUAGAACAAAAUUUCAAAAAUUGCAAAUUCUACGGAAUCAACGGGGCCAAAAUCGACGAGUUUAAGUUUGAUUUGGAGGGAAAGUUCGUCAAAGGGAAAGGGGUGAUUCCUGAAAUUAAGAUGUUAUGCGACUAUGAGCUGAACGGGAAGGUUUUGCUUUUGCCGAUUGUGGGAACAGGACCCAGUACCGUCAUUCUACGAAAUAUUAACGUGACGCUGCUUUUUGACUACGUAGAAGUGCCCAAAAAUGGGAAAACGUACCUUCGUUUUACUGCCAAUGAGCUGACUUUGGAUCCCGAUUUCGUUUAUUUCAAUUUUGAGAAUCUGUUUAACGGGGACAAGCAAUUGGGGGAUGGGAUUAAUAAUGUUUUGAAUGAGAAUUAUAAAGAGGUGUAUGCUGAUGUGAAGCCAGGGUACGAGAAAGGUCUGGGUUUAAUUUUGGAGCAAAUUCUCAAUAAUGUGUUUUCGAAAGUUUCGCUGGAAGAGGCUUUGGAUUAGAUAGGAAACCCCAUGUAAUUUUAGGUAGAUGUUAAUAAAAUUUGAAAUACAAA